AUGGGUUACACCGGUCUUCAGAAGGAGGUUCUCUCCCUCUACCGCCAAUGCCUGCGCGCAUGCCGAACCAAGCCAGCGGAUGUGAGGCUGGGCUUCAAGGCAUUUGCGCGCGAGUCGUUCGACCGAAACCUUGGCAUGAGCAAGCGGGAUUUCGGACUGAUCGAGUACCAGCUACGGAAGGGCAAGAGGCAGCUCGACUUGUAUGCGAGGCCGGAGAUACGCAAAGUCGGCAUCCACUAG